AUGAAAAAUAAAACCAUGUUGACUGAGUUCAUCCUUCUGGGCCUAACAGAUGUCCCUGGACUGCAAGUGGUGGUUUUUGCUUUUCUUUUCCUGGCCUAUGUAUUCUGCAUCAUUGGGAACCUGACCAUCCUCAUCCUCACCUUGCUGGACUCCCACCUUCACACACCCAUGUAUUUCUUUCUCCGCAACUUCUCCUUCUUAGAAAUUUCUUUCAUAAACAUCACCAUUCCCAGGGUCCUGAUCAGCAUUACAACAGGGAACAAGAGCAUUAGCUUUGCUGGCUGCUUCACUCAGUAUUUCUUUUUCAUAUUCCUUGGUGCAACAGAGUUUUAUCUUCUGGCGGCCAUGUCCUAUGAUCGCUACGUGGCCAUCUGCAAGCCUCUGCAUUACAUGGCUAUCAUGAGCAACAGAGCCUGCACCCAGCUGGUUCUCUGCUCUUGGCUGGCUGGGUUGAUGGUUAUUAUACCACCAAUCACUUUGAUGAGUCAGCAGGACUUUUGUGCAUCCAACAGGCUAAAUCACUAUUUCUGUGACUUUGAGCCUCUUCGAGCAGCCUCGUGCUCAGACACAGGCCUCAUAGAGAAGGUUGUCUUUCUUGUGGCAUCUGUGACCCUGGUGGUCACCCUGUUGCUAGUGAUUCUCUCCUAUACGUUCAUCAUCAGGACCAUUCUCAAGCUCCCCUCAGCGCAGCAAAGGACAAAAGCCUUUUCCACCUGUUCAUCCCAUAUGAUUGUCAUCUCACUCUCUUAUGGAAGCUGCUUCUUCAUUUAUAUUAAGCCUUCAACGAAAGAAGGGGGUACGUUCAACAAACAAGUAGCUCUACUCUUUACUUCCAUUGCCCCUUUGUUGAACCCCUUCAUUUAUACCCUAAGGAAUCAACAGGUAAAACAAGCAUUCAAAGAUACGGUCAAAAAGCUUGUGAAUCUUUAA